CGGGUCAAAUAUAAGAUGGAAAGAGAAGGUUAUAUAUUUUGUCUCAAAAAGAAAAAGAAACCAUUCUUCUUCAGCCUUCACAAGGGCUACCUUCUUUGGCUUUAUGGCUUUUGAAAACAAAUUAUGUUACAUUCUCUGUCCAUCCUUUCUUCACUGUCUUCUUGUUUUUGUUUUCUUUCUUGUUUUACCAAUUUGUUCGUUUUCUCAGCCUUAUAAAAAUGUAACCCUAGGUUCAUCUCUCAAAGCAACUGAACAAAAUAACUCCUACUGGGUCUCCCAAUAUGGUGAUUUUGCUUUUGGGUUUCUACCAUUGAAUGGUAAAGAUUUUUUGUUGGCCAUUUGGUUCAACAAAAUUCAUGACAAAACUGUGGUUUGGUCAGCUAAUCGCGAUAAAUUGGUACCUAAAGGAUCCACAGUUCAAUUUACUAGUGGUGAUCAACUUGUGCUGAACGAUCCUGGAGGCAAUCAAAUAUGGACGCCAACUUCCUAUAGAAAUACUAAUCGUUCCGUUUCCUAUGCUGCGAUGCUUGAUAGUGGCAACUUUGUGUUGGUUGCUUCUGAUUCUGAAAUUUUGUGGCAAAGCUUCGAUGCUCCUACCGAUACAAUUUUACCAUCACAAACUUUGAAUAUGAGGGGAGUUCUUGUCGCUCGUUAUUCAGAAACCAGUUUCUCUAGUGGAAGAUUUCAACUUUUGAUGCAAACAGAUGGGAAUCUCGUGCUUUCAUCCGCUGCAUUCCCUUUCGAUACAAUAAACAUAGCUUAUUGGGCAAGUAACACUACAGGCUCUGGCUUCCAACUUGUCUUCGACCCCAUUGGUUCCAUUUAUGUCAUUGCAAAGAAUAAUACCAUUCUCACAACUGUGGUAUCAAAUAUCCAUUAUUCACCACAAAAUUAUUACCUUCGGGCGAUUCUUGAGCAUGAUGCGAUUUUUAGAUUGUAUGUUUACCCAAAGACGACAAGUAAUUCAUCUAUGCCUAAAGCUUGGACUCAAGUGUCAGACCCUGUAAACAUCUGUAUCAUGGUCAGUGAUGGUACGGGAAGUGGAGUUUGUGGCUUUAAUAGCUAUUGUAAGCUUGGAGAUGAUCAGAGGCCAUUUUGCACUUGUCCACCUGGCUAUGUUUUACUUGAUCCAAACGAUGAGAUCAAGGGUUGUAAACCCAACUUUUUUGCUCAGAGUUGCGAUCAAUCUUUUCCUGAAACAAAUGACUUUGAAUUUGUUGCUUUGGAAAAUACGAAUUGGCCUCAGGGUGAUUACGCCAAUUUCAACCCAGUAAGUGAGGAAUGGUGCAGAAAUGAAUGUUUGAAUGAUUGUUUUUGUGCACUUGCCACUUUCAGAAAUGGUGAAUGUUGGAAGAAGAGGUUUCCUUUCGUUUUUGGAAGAAUGGAUCCUAAUGUUGCUGGUGAAAAAUCUCUUCUCAAAGUCAGAAAACAAAACUCUACUUCCAAACCUAAUAAUCUUGUUCAGAAUCAAAGGAAUAAAACUACAAUAGUCGCCAUUGGAUCAAUUUUAUUAGGAAGCUCCGUAUUUCUAAAUUUCAUCUUAUUCCUUCUCACUUUAUUCAUUGGCUACCGAUUUAGAAAAAAGAAAUCAAAGGUUGUUCAAAGAGACCCUUCCAUUCUAAGUGUGAAUCUAAGGAUCUUUAGUUAUGAAGAGCUCGACAAGGCCACAAGUGGAUUCAUCCAACAGUUGGGGCAUGACUCUUUUACUACUAUUUAUAAAGGGAUUAUUAACUCUGAAGACAACAAUAACUUGGUGGCCAUUAAAAAGUUCAACAAUGUGGUGCGAGAUGGAGACCAAGAGUUUAAGGUUGAAGUGAGCGCUAUUGCCCAAACAAACCACAAGAACUUAGUUCGAUUGCAUGGUUUCUGCAAUGAAGGAGAACAUAGAAUGUUGGUGUAUGAGUUCAUGCAGAAUGGGUCUCUUGAAAAUUUCCUUUUUGGGACUUCGAAACCAAAUUGGUAUGCUAGAAUUCAAGUUGUUUUAGAGACGGCCAGAGGACUAUGUUACCUACAUGAAGGGUGCAAUAUUCAAAUCAUUCAUUGUGAUAUUAAGCCUCAAAACAUCUUUUUCGACGACUCUUAUACUGCACAAAUCGCAAACUUUGGCUUGGCAAAACUUUUGAAAAAAGAGCAAACUCGAACGCUGACAACAAUCAAAGGAACUAAAGGAUAUGUAGCUCCAGAGUGGUUUAGAGGCCUCCCCAUCACAGUGAAGGUUGAUGUUUACAGUUUUGGGAUAACUUUGUUGAAGAUUAUAUGUUGCAGAAGGAGUUUCGAGGAGAAAGUAGAGAAUGAAGAGCAAAUGGUGUUGGCAGAUUGGGGUUAUAACUGCUUCAAAGAGAUGAAAAUGGAGAUGUUGGUACAAAAUGACGGGGAAGCAAAGAUGGACUUGAAGAGGGUAAAGAAGUUUGUAAUGAUAGCAAUUUGGUGCAUUCAAGAGGAACCAUCCUUAAGGCCCACCAUGAAGAAAGUUUUGCAGAUGAUGGAAGAUUUAUUGAUAGAAUCAAACUAUACAUCAUGGAGUCGUGCUAUGAGUCUAGGGCUCACAGUCAAGGACAAGCUUGGAUUUGUUGAUAGAAGUCUGUCCAAACCUGAUGGUGUUAAUAUCUCUGAUUCAGCAAGGGACAUUUGGCUUGAUCUUCAACAACGAUACCAACAUAAGAAUAGACCUCGAAUCUUUUAACUUCGUCGAGAGUUAUUGAGUCUUUCUCAAGAUCAACUCUCUAUUAUGACUUAUUUCGCAAAAAUGAAGACGUUGUGGAAUGAACUUGCCUCUUAUCGUCCAUCUUGUAUUUAUGGUCAUUGUACCUGUGGAGGAGUCAAAGAUUUGGUUAAUUACUUCCAAAUCGAGUAUGUAAUGACCUUCCUCAUGAGCUUAAAUGAUUUUUUAACCAGAUUCGGACACAACUUUUGUUAAUGGAACCCGAGCCUUCUUUACAAAGAGCCUUUUCUCUUGUUGCUCAAGAAGUUGAACAACGUGCUUCUGUUGCACCUUCAUCAACAAAUUUUUCAUCUGCUGCAACUCUCCUAGUCAAGAAUUCUUCUUCCCCUGAUUCUUCCUCUGUUAAUUCAAGUGCUCGGCCCAUAUCAACUUCUUCUAAUUCUAAGAAAAAGGAUCGUCCGAUUUGCACCUAUUGUAACAUUUCCGGUCAUACUGUUGAGAAAUAUUAUAAAUUACAUGGAUUUCCUCCUGGAUAUAAGAAUCAGAAAAAUUCCUCAGCUAAGCAUGAAUCCUUUUCUGCAACUUCUUCAAGUUCUAUUCCUGGCUUUACGGCUGAACAAUGCCAAAGUUUGCUAAGUUUUUUUUUUCAGACACAUCUUUCCAAAGCCAAGUCCACCUCUGAUUCUGAUGUUAUCACUUCUCAUGUAGCAGGUACAUGUUCUGUUUCUCCUUUAUCUACUGCUUGGAUAGUCAACUCUAGUGCUACUGCACAUAUUUGUUCUUGUCAAGAUUUUUUCUCUCAUCUCAUGCCCAUAUCUGGGAUGUCCGUUACUUUGCCUAAUCAGUCUCAUAUCAAUGUGGAUUUUAUUGGUGAUAUUCAGAUUGAUUCUCAUCUCAUGCUCCACAAUGUCUUGUUCAUUCCUAGUUUCCACCAUCAUCUGAUUUCUAUAAGUGCCUUAACUACUGAUAAGUCCAUUGUUGUUAAGUUUGUUGGAAAUUCCUGUAUUAUUCAGGACAAGUCAACCAUGAACAUGAUUGGGAAGGCUGAUUUUUGGCAGGAGCUUUAUAAGUUGUAGAUAAGUUCACAUAAAUUAUCUGAAAAUUUUUCUGAUUCUAUGUGCUCUUCUAUUUCUCAUAUGGAGAAUACUAAUCUUUGGCAUAAUAGAAUGGGUCAUCCAUCUCACAAACACUUAUCUUCUUUACAAGAUGUUUUACCUUUUAAACUUCAGCAUAAAAAUGUUCCUACUUGUAUGAUUUUUCCUCUUGCAAAACAGAAAAGGUUGUCUUUCAUAUCUCAUAACAAUGUAUCAUCACAUGUGUUUGAUCUUGUUCA